AUGUCGGCUGCGAGUAGAGAGCUUUUUGACUUGGUGAAGAACUCAAGACUAGCUCAAGUCGCCAAACCACAUCUGAAAAAUAUUAGAGGACAAUCCAACAUUCCAACACAUCAAACAAUUUUCACACCAUCAUCAAGUGCUUAUAGGUCAAAUUAUGGUUUAAAAACUGCUUUACCAACAAAAAUUGGUAAAUCACAUAUUUCAUUCAAUGAUAUAGAUAACUAUAAAGGAAUGCCUGAUGUUGAAAAAAAUUCAGGACAUCAUUAUACACAAUUAAUUUUCAAAGAAGUUGGAAUUCCUUUAAAAAAUCAUUUUUCACAAUCAAAUCCAUUAUUUCCAAGUAAUUCAAACAAAAGUAAUAAACCUACUAGAGAAGGUUCUUUGACAAACUUAUUAAAUUUAGACACAAGAAUUAAAACUGAAGAAGUUUUAAAAAUCUUAUCCAAGAAUAAGAACCUAUACUCAAAUUUUAAAUCAUUCCUUGCCAAAAAUCACCCUCAGUUUUUAUUAUCUUUCAACUCAUCAAAUUCAAUCUCAAAUUCAACUUCAUCAAACAAUAACGAAUUAAUUUCAAUAAUUAAAGAUUUUUUAAAGAGUUCUAAUGAAGUCACAAAAAAAGAAAGUACGAUUUACAACAAUUCAAGAGAAAACUUGGAGAAUAUUCAAGGAACAGGAGGUUUCUCAUAUAAUCAAAAAGGAAGAUUGCAAAAUACACCAAACGGAGUGAAAUACAACCAUAUAGUGCCAGGAAGAAUAGUAGGUACAAAGGAAGCAGCAAUUGGUGGAUUUGUUUCGAACGUAAUUGAUCGUUCAAUUGCUUUGCAAACAAAUUAUGCAAGGAACUAUCCUGGUAAACAUCCUAGACAAUUCAUUAUGCCAUUUAAAAUAAGUGAAGCUGAAUUGAGUGAGGAUGGAUCGAUAAGAAUAUUUGCCGAAGGUAUAAAGAAUGGUACUUGGUCUGAAACUGAUGAUAGAUAUACCAACGGUUCUAUAAGAUCAAAUUUUGGAAGUACUUCAGAAAGAAAUAAGGCUGAUGAUGAAAGUUUAGAGAGUUUACUUAAUUUGAUUUUACCAUCUAGAUAA